GGGUUUUUCUCCUGUGUCGUGUAUCCUCUCCAAUUUCUACCACCGAAUUAGGGCUUAAGCUCCGCCAUCUCCCUCCUCUUUCACGCCUUCAAAAACCGCAAAAAUGGUGAAAGGUCGUCAAGGUGAGCGCGUCAGACUCUACGUCCGAGGAUCAAUCCAAGGCUACAAGAGGUCGAAAGUGAACCAGUACCCAAACACAUCUUUGGUUCAGAUCGAAGGAGUGAAUACUCAAGAAGAAGUAGCAUGGUAUUUGGGAAAGAGGAUUGCUUACAUUUACAAGGCUGAGACUAAGAAGAAUGGGUCCCACUACCGUUGCAUUUGGGGCAAGGUUUGUAGGCCUCACGGUAACAGUGGUGUUGUUCGUGCUAAGUUCACCUCCAACCUUCCUCCUAAGUCUAUGGGUGACAAGGUCAGGGUUAUGAUGUAUCCCAGCAACAUCUAAGAAGAAAUUAGAUAUGGAAGAUGGUGUAGUUAGGAAUUUUUGGAGGAGAGCUAUUCACUGGUGUUUCAUGCGGAGCCAUUUUCAGUUUUAUCUAGCUUGUAGUAAGAUGGUUCUGUAUUUGGAUCGUCAUUUUUGUUUUAGGAUGAUUUAUUUGGUUAUAAAAUCUGAAGUUAUGGAUCUAAUUUUGUAUGUUGAGUAUACAUACUGUUGGUUUUGUGACUUUUGUCUAAUGGUAAAAGAUUUAUGGCCCAAGGUUAUGAAAUCUGAAGUUAUGAUCUAA